GCCAGCGGACGGAAGCGGAGACGUAAGUGUGCGGCGGAAUGUGGCCCGGCGUAUUAGUGGGGGGGCCCCGGGUGGCAGCAGGCAAGUGCCCCGCGCUGGGGCCUCUCCUCGCCGCGAGCUUCUCCCCGCCGCAGCGGCCGCCCCAGCGGAUCCCGGAGACGCGCCUGGCCCCGCAGCGGAGCCUGCACGCGACGGCGGCCCGGGCUCUCCCGCUCAUUCCCAUCGUGGUGGAGCAGACGGGUCGAGGCGAGCGCGCUUAUGACAUCUACUCGCGGCUGCUGCGGGAGCGAAUCGUGUGCGUCAUGGGUCCCAUCGACGACAGCCUUGCCAGCCUGGUUAUCGCGCAGCUCCUCUUCCUGCAGUCGGAGAGCAACAAGAAACCCAUCCACAUGUACAUCAACAGCCCUGGCGGCGUGGUGACCUCGGGCCUGGCCAUCUACGACACGAUGCAGUACAUCCUGAACCCCAUCUGCACAUGGUGCGUGGGCCAGGCCGCCAGCAUGGGCUCCCUCCUCCUCGCUGCUGGCUCCCCGGGCAUGCGCCACUCGCUCCCCAACUCCCGCAUCAUGAUCCACCAGCCCUCCGGGGGUGCCCGGGGCCAAGCCACAGACAUCGCCAUCCAGGCUGAGGAGAUCAUGAAACUGAAGAAGCAACUCUACAGCAUCUAUGCCAAACACACCAAACAGAGCCUGCAGGUGAUCGAGUCGGCCAUGGAGAGGGACCGCUACAUGAGCCCCAUGGAAGCACAGGAGUUUGGCAUCUUGGACAAAGUCCUGGUCCACCCUCCCCAGGACGGGGAGGAUGAGCCCGAGCUGGUGCAGAAGGAGCCCACGGCGGCGGCAGUGGAGGCGGCAGACACCCCCCGGGGCAAGCACCUAAGUGCCAGACCUCCCCCUCCAGAGGAAAGCUGAGGGGCCAGGCGCCAGUGAGCUGGACCCUGAGCCUGGUGCCCCUGGAGGAACUCUUGGAUUUGGGGGUGCCCCUAAGGGUGGGGCACCCUCACUGAGAUACUGUGAUUUUAAAUUAAAUCUUCACUGUCUUUGC